AUGGCGAAACGCAAGACCACCGACGAUGGCGCGGACAAAGCAGCCAAGAAGCACAAGAAGGACAAGGCCGUCGAUAAGAAGUCGAAGAAAGAAAGCAAGGCUGCCUCCGAGCCUACUACCUUCUCCCUGCUCGCGGAUGAGAAGAGCAUCAACCCGGCGCUUUCGUCUCUUUUCGCUGCAGAGGCGACACCACUGGUUCGAGUAACCCGCGUACCCAGCCCAGAUGUCCCGGCCUCAUCUUUCGUGGACGAUGAAGAGGAGGAGAACGGCGAAGACUCCGAACCUAUUCAACAAUCGGACACUACCGCAGCCAAGGCUGUACCUCCGGAGGAUGUAGGAAGUUCUGAACAGAGCAGCAAGCGAAAGCGCAAGAAGAAACAGGAGGGUGAGGAGGUCGAGGAUGCGUACAUGCGCCGCUUGGCGCGCGAAGAAGCCAAAGACGCACAAGCUGUCGGCGAAGAGCGGAAGAGGACGCAGGUCGACCAGGAAGACGCAGAUGAAGUGGCUGCAGAUGGUGAGGAAGCAGUUUCGGACGAAGAAACGGACGGCGUUCAGAUCGAGCAUGCCUCCGACGAUGAGGACCUCUCCCCUCCUCCGCGCCACGAGACCGAACAAGCUGCCAACAAUGAGCUCGACAAGGCCAAAAGGACCGUGUUCCUCGGAAAUGUGUCGACGACCGCAAUCUCCUCCAAAGCGUCAAGGAAGAUCCUCCUCAAUCACCUCAAGUCCGUCUUUGAAAACGCUCCGCAACCCAAAGAAAGCACUGCAAAGCACAGCCUGGAAUCCAUCCGCUUCCGCUCCGCACCAUACACCGCUACACUCCCCAAGAAAGCCGCCUUCGCCAAAAGGGAAGUCAUGGACGCCACGACGAAAUCCACAAACGCCUACGCCGUCUACUCCUCGCCCAUGCUCGUGCGGGAAGCAGUCAGACAUCUGAACGGCAGCAUCGUGCUCGACCGCCAUCUCCGCGUAGACUCCGUCGCCCACCCCGCCGCUGUCGACCACCGCCGCUGCGUAUUCGUGGGCAAUCUAGGCUUCGUGGACGACGAGAGCAACAUCCAGGAUGCGAAUGAAGAGGAUGGAAGGGAGACGCGGAAACGCAGCAAGAUCCCCGCUGAUGUGGAGGAGGGGCUGUGGCGCACCUUUGCCAAGUGCGGCAAGAUCGAGAGCGUGCGCGUUGUCAGAGACAGUGCGACCCGAGUGGGCAAGGGCAUUGCGUAUGUGCAGUUUGAAGACGGGAUGGCGGUCGAGGCGGCCCUGGGUUUGAACGAGAAGAAAUUCCCGCCUAUGCUGCCGAGGAAGCUGAGGGUGAGUCGGGCGAAGGCGAUCAAGAGGAACGUCAAACCGAGAAGUGCAGAGGGCGCGGAUCGGCCGAGUGCCACUGGCUAUCGGCGGAAGAUUACUGGUGAAGAGGCAUCGCAGGUCGGAAGGGCAGGCAAGCUGUACGGCAAGGCGGCUGCAGCUCAGAUUCGCCGUCCUACAGCUAGGCGAGAUGUCAGAGACCGGAGUGGCGGAGACGAACUGCCAAAUGGCAUCAAGAAGCCCGAGUCGUUUGUUUUCGAAGGCCACAGAGCCAGCAGCAAGAGUGGCAAGUCAGGCUUGAAGCUGGGCAAGAAGAAGGGAGGCAAGCCGACCGGUCGCAGCGCGAAGAGAGCAGCUGCCUACAAGGCGGAUGGGAAGAGAAGGGUGCCAUCGAAGCACUGA